AAUAAGAGGUUUAGUCUAAUCAUGUCGAAGAACACGGUCUCCGAUCGUUUUAGGAAGGUGGAUGUGGAUGAAUAUGAUGAGAAUAAGUUUGUCGACGAGGAAGAUGGAGGAGAAAAUCAACUGGGUCCAGAUGAGGCUGAAGUGGACUCUCUCAUCAGACACUCAGACUCCACAGGGAAUCUCAUGGGAGCAUUACAAGCAGUGUUGAAGAACCCACCAAUCAACACAAAGAACCAAGCUGUCAAGGACCGUGCAGAGGGCCUGGUCUUAAAAGUCCUGAGUUCCUUUAAGAGCAGUGACAUAGAGAAAGCGGUACAGUCUCUGGAUAAGAACAGCGUGGACUUGCUGAUGAAAUACAUCUAUAAAGGCUUUGAACGUCCCUCAGAGAACAGCAGCGCUGUCCUACUCCAGUGGCACGAAAAGGCCCUGGCUGCAGGAGGAGUGGGCUGUAUAGUGAGGGUUUUGACUGCCAGGAAAACUGUCUGAAAGACUGAAAGAUGGAGGGAGAGAGAGAGAAGGAGCAGCUUGAUAUCGCCCACAGAAACACGGAGGAGUGGAGAGUUUUGCCUACGCAUUCAGAUCAAAGUGAUGACUCUGUGCUCAGCCGGUGCUUAAGAGGCA